AGGGCCAUGGCAGCAUCGUACUUUUAGAGAGAGAGGAGAGAGAGAGAGAGGGAAGCGGAUUACUGGUACGCUUCGGGGAGUGCGGUUGUGAUCUCCGAUCGGCGCUAACGAUUCCCCCGAUUCCCGAUCGGCGGCCGAUUCUGUCGGUUCCUGUGGAAGAUUUUCGUGCGGUCGCCGUGAUCGUCGCCCGGGGUUCGGCUGGGGGGGAUUUGGGUUUAGGUUUUGGUUGGGGUUUUCUUUACGCUCUGCUCCUGCGGAUCACUGGGACGCUCGAGUUUGGCUGGCUGGCUCGCUCGCAACUGUGAAUAUGGAGUCUACUCUCGUGAUCAAGGUCAAAUAUGAACAUACUCUGAGGCGCUUCAAUGCACGCGUGGAUGAAAAGUAUAACCUGGAUCUCGACGUGGUUGGCCUGAAGGCCAAGAUCCUCAGUCUGUUCAGUUUCCCUUCUGAUGCUGAUUUGACUCUGACCUAUGUUGAUGAGGAUGGUGAUGUGGUGACUCUCGUUGAUGAUAAUGAUCUGCGUGAUGUGAUGAGGCAGAAUCUGAAAUUCCUGAAGAUUAAUGUAUCUGUGAAUAGUGAGAAAAGUGGCAGAUCAUAUGCUUGGUCGAGUGGAAAUUCUACCCCACUAAGAUCCUCUCAGGGCCAGCAACCAUUGCCUGAUGUCAGUGCCGUUGUUGCUGAAGCUCUAAAAACUGUGCAUGAACCAAUUCGUGAAGCAAUUUCAAAACUAUCGCUGGACCUGGCUUCUAAAGCUGCCUCCUCUAGUCCGACAAUUUCGGACUUCUUUGACAGUUUUACGAAGUUGGGUCAAUCUUCCCUGAAUACCGGUUUUCGGCCUCAGGUUGGUGGGAACGUGGGUGGUGAUAAUGGUGGCUCUGCAAGUCCUGGGGCCACCUCAGUGGCAGCUGAUACUGAUGCUGCAAAGGAUGAAAGCAUGCACGGUGUGAUGCCAAACUCUAAUUUUGGACACUCAUCACCUAAGGAAUGCAAGGAUGUGGAUGAUGGAGGUGUUGAUGAAGGCGGGGUCGUGUCUGCCGCUCCAGUCCAUGUGCCUGUUGAUCUUAAUGCCGAUCUCCUUGGGGAGUCGAACCUUUCAGGUGGAGAGACAAAGGUGGAAGGCCAUAAAAUUUCAGGUGGAAAGACACAGGGUGAAGUCAUGAGGGAAUUAAAGAAAUUGAAAGAUCAGAUUAGCUGCCAAUCCGGUGGGAAAACAAAGGUGGCAUCGGAGAACAUUUCAGGUGGGAAGGUGCGUGGGGAAAUCUUGAAGACAAUGAAUAAAAAAAUGAAUGACUAUAUCAAGGAUCUAGCUAGCCGCCAGUCUGCUGCCUUUGGAGCAUCCACAAGCACGGUACACAAUCCAGGAUAUCUUAAUCCUCAUCCUGUUUGCAUCCCUGGGUUUACAGUCAGCUCCUUUCAACCAUUGCAUGGACUGCCUUUUGUAAAUGGCAUGCCUGUCACACCGGGUCCAAAUGCAAAGGUGGAAGUCCAGAAUGUCUCAGGUGGGAAGACACAGGCUGACGUCCAGACAGAACUUCAGAAAAAUGUCAAUGAUAACAUUAGCAGUGUUGACCCUGGAGCAUCCCCAACUGUGGCAAACACUACAGCAAUGCCGAAGCCUGCUGCUGUUGGUCCCUCGUUUGAACCAUUUAGUGGAUUGUCUCUUGCUGAUGACUGGUCUUUUGGACAUGGUGCUCCCCGACGUCCACAUCCAUUUAAAAGAAGCUCCAACUACACUGAUGCCAUGGGCGGUAUAUUCCACAAGGGUAUUCGCUGCGACGGCUGUGGUGUUCAUCCGAUUACUGGACCUCGGUUCAAAUCGAAAGUGAAGGAAGAUUAUGACCUUUGCAGCAUCUGCUUCUCUGAAAUGGGUAAUGUUGCCGACUAUAUCCGGAUAGACCGGCCAGUCUUGUAUGGAGCCUAUAGACUACCGAGGCCCUUCAAAGGAUUUUAUGAUCUACAUCCUUGGGAGACGGCUCCUUCAGCAUUCCCCCAUCCACCGAGAGGUUGUGGAGGGAAGUCUGGCAGGCCUAAGCUGGACAGUCGCUUCGUCUCGGAUGUCACUGUGAUGGAUGGCACUGUGAUGGCACCAUUGACCCCCUUCACUAAGAUAUGGCGUAUGCGCAAUAAUGGAAAUUUUGUUUGGCAUCGGGGAACACAACUGGUCUGGAUUGGAGGAGACAAAUUCAGUGACAUUAAUUCAGUGGAAAUCGAGGUUCCUGCUCAAGGUGUGCCAGUAGAUGGGGAGCUGGACAUUGCUAUUGAUUUUACGGCACCAGUUUCAGCUGGUCGGUACAUUUCCUACUGGAGAAUGGCAUCUUCUUCAGGACAUAAGUUCGGCCAGCGUGUUUGGGUUUUGAUUCAGGUUGAUGAUUCCCAUAACGAUGCAUUGUGUGAUGGCCUCCAGGGUUUGAACCUGAAUCUGCCUGCGGAAAGUGAUGAGUCUAAACUCUCUGAAAUCUUAGACAUGAAUGUCCCGCCUGCCGUAGUUUCUGACUUCUUUGGAAACGACAACUCCAAUACAGUCACUGAACCAGUUCAGCCGAUGGUUGAGCAGCACAAGGAGGAGCAGGAGCUCAAUUUUCCCAUAAAUGACAAUUUGCUGGUUGGCCAAGAGGUAUCAGCCUCUGCUCCUCCCGAGGACUCUGGACCUGUUUCGUACCCUGUAGUGGAAGUCGAGCCACCUGAAGCAAUUCUUGCUGCAACUGCUGCAGUGGUGCCUCCUCCUGUCACUGCUUCUUCAUCUGCACCGUCCCAAGCCGUCGGCAGCGACACAGAGGCAGUGGAAAUGUCGCUCCUGAAGGAGCUGGAGGAGAUGGGCUUCAAGCAGGUGGAUUUGAACAAGGAGAUACUGAGGAUGAAUGCCUACAACUUGGAGCAGUCAGUGGAUGAUCUCUGCGAUGUUGCUGAAUGGGAUCCUAUACUCGGAGAAUUGCAGGAGAUGGGUUUCUGUGACAAGGAGAUGAACAAGAAGCUGCUGAAGAAGAACAAUGGGAGCAUCAAGCGCGUGGUCAUGGAUCUUCUUACUGGGGAGAAGGCUUGAUAAGUUAAUGAUCUGAGCUGGCCAUGUCGUCAUUUCAUAUGUUAUUAAAUAAAUAAAGGUUAUGAUGAACCUAUGAUGUUUGCUUCUGGGUUGUUAUCUAGUUCUAGGCCUUAGUAAGUUGGAAGCUGGAGUGGAACUAUAUGGUUGGAUGAAUGUAUGAACCAUGAACCAGUUUCAAUGUCUAUAUAAUAUACUAUGGUAGUUAUGCUUA